GUUUUUUUUAAAAAGCUUUGUGCUAGUUUCAAGGCCAGUUUUUAAUUUUGUAGUAAGAAUUUGGAAGCUGCCAUUUCAUCUGUUGUAGUUAGAACUGUAGAGUUACUUGAACAUGUUUAGUUCUGCUGUAUAUCUACCCACACUGUAUUGAGCACAUUAAUCUGUAAUUUAAACGGGGAGGGGUAUCACUUGACUUUGCUCAGACAGACACCAAAAGGCUUCAUCAUGGACAGGCCAAUAAGCAAGUUAUUGGAGAAGUUAAAGCUAACUGACUCAGGCAGUGCAAAAUUCAACAGUUCAAAGAAAAAACAUGACUCUGCCAACAACUCUAAUAACAGCAACGCCAACACUGGCAUCUCCGGAGGCGGCGGCGGGGGCAGCAGUCUACCACCCGCUCCCAGCACUGCAGCUGCCUCGCCCUCAAGACCCGGCCAGUUCUCGCUUGCCUCUGCAACCACAAACGAUGCAUGUGUUCCAGCGAAUGGGAGAGGAGGAGGAGGAGGAGGAGGGGGGAUGGGAAUGCCUCCCUCUCAGCUCCUCACCCCACCGUCGUCUUCCACCACGGUGAGCGCCGUACCUCAAGAUGGCGAGCAGCCUCUUCACCCUUCCACCUUGGCACCACUGAGGCGUCGCUCCCCCCAGCAGCGUGCUUCUUGUUACCUGGGUGAAGGCAUGGAUUCCCACCUGAGGCGUGAGUCCGGCCUGGGCCCUGAGUGUGACCCUCAGGGAGCGUUUGGCUCCAAGGCGUCCCUCAAUCAACGCCGCUACUCCCUGGAGAUCCAGCAGCUGGUCAAACGACAGCAGCUCCUCUCCCAGCCGCCGCCUCUCUCUGUUCCUCCACCGUACCCUGCCUCCAUGGGCUACGGGUCGGCCCCCAGAUGUGGUGGAGGCGGCCUGGCAGAGCCUGGCUACCUCGCAGAGUCUGAUAGGCACAAACGUUACUCUCUCCAGGAGGCUAUGUUCUACCAACGCCUGAGCAUGGGCAGUGAACUGUGGGAGAGCAACAGACCUGCAUCCCUCUCUCAUCCACCACAUCGCACAUCCGAUGUGACCGGAGGUGGUGUCGGAGGCUUCUUUUAUCCCUCAGGACCCACUCUGAGCCCAUGCUCGUCAUUCAGCCUCCAGGAGUCACUGCUGGUCAGCCCCAGGUCCAGCUUUGCCUCCAGCACGGCCAGUGGCGGCGGAGGAGGAAGCCCCAUGGGGAGCCGCUGCAGCAGCAACCGGACCAGUGGCAUCAGCCUGGGCUAUGACUCUCGUUACUCCGCCUCAGGAGGCCUCCCCCCACAGCAGCAGUCACCCUCCAUGCAGACAGGGGGCUCUGCAGCUGGUUAUGGAGCUCCAAGCAGGGCCGGUAUGACCCCUGUGGAGGCCUGGGCACAAUACCCGGAGGGAGGGAUGCGUCAAGGGGCAUAUGAUAGCCGACACUCCUACCCACCUGCUGUUGGAACUCCAGGAGCAGCGUGCUACCAGGCUGGUCCAGAGUGGUGGGAAGAGCAGCAGGCUGGAGUUAGAGGCAAAGAGGGGCUGGUUAUGGGAGACAGGGCUCGAUACUCAGACCUGCCUGGCACCCGGUACCAGGAAGAGCUCACUCGACUUCUACUGAGAGAUGCUGCACUGGCAGGUGGCGGGCACCUGGAGGGCUUGAUGCUGAAAGAUCAGUCCCUGGCCCUGACAGCUCUUUCCAAACCGAGCAUGACAACACUGGGGCCUUGCUCAGCUGGAGGGCCGGUUAAACCUCAGGAAGAUCCAGGACUCGGAUCUGGAAGGGAGGCCAUGGAGAACCGCCAGGAGUUUUUUGGAACCUGUGUAAAGUGUGGGAAAGGCGUGUACGGGGCAGAUAAUGCCUGCCAGGCUCUGGAUAGCCUCUAUCACACACGCUGCUUCACCUGUGUGUCCUGUGGACGCACCCUGAGAAACAAGGACUUCUACAAUGUCAAUGGCUCUGUGUAUUGUAAAGAGGAUUACAUGUUUUCAGGAUUCCAGGCUGCUGCUGAGAAGUGUAGUGUGUGUGGCCACCUUAUCCUUGAACAGAUCCUGCAGGCUAUUGGGAACUCGUACCAUCCCACCUGUUUUCGCUGUAUGGUGUGCUCCAAGGCUCUGGAUGGGGUACCCUUCACCGUGGACCAUCAAAGCAAAAUCUACUGCGUGGCAGACUACAACAAGACUUUUGCCCCAAAGUGCGCCGCCUGUUUACAACCCAUCUUACCUACUGAGGGCAGUGAAGAGAUCCUCAGGGUCGUGUCUAUGAACAAGGACUAUCACUUUGAGUGCUACCACUGUGAGGAGUGUGGUAAGCAGCUCUCUGAUAAGCCUGGCUCGCAGUGCUUCCCUCUGGACUCUCAUCUCCUCUGCCACUCCUGUCACAUGAGCAGAGCGUGCUCCACACACAACAUUCCCUCUCCCAACACACAUUGAUCCGCACCUACGCAGCUGAGGAUGUUUUGAAAAAGCUGGUCUUAAUGUGCGGUCAUUCUCCAAUGUGCUUUUGCUCAGUCAUGCGACUUUUUCUGAAGAUUUAACUGCUAAUAUUGAGAAAUGUCCACUGAUUCACUUUUGUUUGGAACCUUUUGUCACAUGUACUGCCUGCUGUACUUCUUGUACUAUUACUGUACCAUAGUUAUAAGGGAAUGGAAAAGAAACUACUGCUUUUUUUUUACCCCAAUGUGGCUACUGUUUGCUGUAGAAGAACAAGGGAUUUUGCUUAACUGUUUUGUGUAUAUAUAUUAUUGCUAGCAAACAUUUUGCACUUAAAUUUGACUUUACUGUAAGAAAAUUGUUACAUGAAGCUGUACAAUUUGGGGAAAUUCAUUACUGUAAUUUCUGUUGUAAUAAAUAUUUUCAUUUGUGUUCAAAUAA